AUGGACAGCCUUCAAGUUCUCAUAACCUCCAUCCCACAUAAAAUGGAAGGAAUAAACGAGAUACUCCAAAAAGGUCCCUCAAUAUCCUAUUUCAACGCUAUAAACCUCGGCAAAAAAAGUAGCGAUCAAGGAUUUACUCCAACUGCCCCUGAAGCACAAAGCCUUCUUGAAGCAAUGACAAAAGUAGUUGAUAUGACGGAGGGUCAACUUUCUCUAUUAGUCGAUACUAAACCUGUUUUUGACAAGUUGUGGGUUGCUGGCUUAGUAAAAAAAGACACCACUUCACUUCGAAUCGCUAGCGCAAAUUUAUCACAAAUGAUGAGUGCAGCAGCACCGGAAAAUAUGAAAGAUGAUAGCGAGGCAUUGGAAGAAAGGAGACGGAUUGCUUUUGAGCGAGCUUUAACAUCUGUUCCUUUCACCAAAUCUCUUGGAUGUCUUUCUUCCUGCAAUGCAGUAGGAGAAUAUCUUGUAGCUGCCCACUGA